AUGCUGUUAAAUUAUUCAAUUACCCUUAUUACUUAUAUAGUUUGCUUACCCAUUAUAUGUUAUUGUAAUCCAGUUCAACAUAUUUAUAGUUUGGCCGACAGUAGUAGUGAUUCGGAUUUGUAUGCUAGUGGUGUUGAUUUCUAUCUUAGCAAUUUACCCAAUUCAACUGAUCCAUUGGAUACUUCUAUUACUUGUAUCGAAGAUUUGGACUACAAAACGGCUUUUCUUUACUUUUACGAUGCAGACGGCUUCAAUAACGACACCGGUCAUCUAGCAAAGUCAUUGAUAGAUAGAAAAAUUCAGGUUGAAUAUGUGAUCACACCUCUCAUUCCCAGUAUGAUCCUGCCAAGCACAUUGAUCAAUAGUGUCUUACAGAAUCUCAAAACAAACGAUUUAUCGCCAAAAUUCAUGUGGAUGAAUAUUAUAAACUCAGGUGAAGACGUUGAAUCAAAUAUUGAUUAUCUAGCAGGAUUGCGAAGUGCUCUGCAAGAAAAUGACAUUGGAAUAGGACUCAUAGCCAUUCCAGAGAUAUGGGAUUUCUACUAUAACAAGUGGUCGAAACCAGCUGAAGAGAACGAUCUUCUUUGGGUGGAUUUAGUGUUGGACAACUUUGAUGAGUUUGAAAGUUUUGGAGGUUGGGACCGAGUUUCAGUAAUUUCUCCAACAACUGUCGUCCAGUGUGAAAUGAAGUUCGGGAACUUGAGUUACCGGAAAGAUGAUAUUGAUGCUCAUUUCAAGACCAACUCAUCAGUUAAGGCAAUCAAUGUGAUGAUCAUCCUGAUUGUAUUCAUCCUUUCCACUUUAUAA